GUGCCGCUGCUCCCGCCGGUAGCCGGUGCCGGUGCCCGGUGCGCUCUGACAUCAGCGCCGGGCGGGGCGGGGCGGCCCCGGCGGCGGAAGAAAAGCGGCGAGCGGGGGUCGGGCCCGACCGGAGCCGGUGGCGGUGCUGGGGCUCUCGGGGGAGCGCGGCCGCCAUGGGCCGGGCCGGGCGCUGAGCCCACCCCACCCCAUCCCCCGCCGCCCCGUACCGGGGCCGGACCCCUCCCCGGGGGCUCCGGGGCGGCGAGCGGGCGGUACCGGCGGGGCGGGCGCUGACGGCAGCCGCCGGGAUUCGGGGGCCGCCGCACGGGAGGCCCCAUCGGGAACCCGCCGGGACCUACCGGGAGCGCCGCCCCCCGGGCAGAGCUGCCCCCGCCCCGCCGCGCCCCGUCCCCGGAGCCGAGCCGAGCCCCGGGGCCGCCUCGUCCUUUGUGUGCGCCGCGGCCGGGCCGGGCACCGGGCACCGGGAGCCGCGCGGGCAGCCGAGCCCAGGCGGCGGGAGCGGCCCCGGCCACCGCAGCGGCGAUACCGGGAGCCGCAGCGAGCACCGGGAGCGGCCCCGGGGCCCAGCCCCCCCCCGGCGGCCCCAUGAAGGAGCCCGACGCCAUCAAACUCUUCGUGGGGCAGAUCCCGCGGCACCUGGAGGAGAAGGACCUGAAGCCCAUCUUCGAGCAGUUCGGCAAGAUCUACGAGCUCACCGUCAUCAAGGACAAGUACACCGGCAUGCACAAAGGAUGCGCCUUCCUGACCUACUGCGCCCGCGAGUCGGCCCUGAAGGCGCAGAGCGCCCUGCACGAGCAGAAAACCCUCCCGGGGAUGAACCGGCCCAUCCAAGUGAAGCCGGCGGACAGUGAGAGCCGAGGAGAGGACCGCAAGCUCUUCGUGGGGAUGCUGAGCAAGCAGCAGGCGGACGAGGACGUGCGCAAGAUGUUCGAGCCCUUCGGCACCAUCGACGAGUGCACGGUGCUGCGCGGGCCUGACGGCACAAGCAAAGGCUGCGCCUUCGUCAAGUUCCAGAGCCACGCGGAGGCCCAGGCCGCCAUCACCGCCCUCCACGGGAGCCGCACGCUGCCGGGUGCGUCCUCCAGCCUGGUGGUGAAGUUUGCAGACACAGAGAAGGAGCGGGGCCUGCGGCGGAUGCAGCAGGUCGCCAGCCAGCUGGGCAUGUUCAGCCCCAUCGCCCUCCAGUUCGGGGCCUACAGCGCCUACACGCAGGCGCUGAUGCAGCAGCAGGCGGCCCUGGUGGCCGCCCACUCGGCCUACCUCAGCCCCAUGGCCACCAUGGCCGUCCAGAUGCAGCACAUGGGCACGGUCAACCCCAACGGGCUCAUCGCCACCCCCCUGCCCCCCUCCUCAGGAACCAGCACACCGCCGGCCAUGGCUGCCACGCCGGUGCCUGCCAUCGCGGCCCCGCUGAGUGUCAAUGGCUACAGCCCGGUGCCGGCACAGCCCGCGGGACCCCCCGCCCCCGAGGCCGUCUACGCCAGUGGGGUCCCCCCCUUCCCAGCCCAGAGCCCCGCCGCCCCCGGGGACCCCCUGCAGCAAGCCUACGCCGGCAUGCAGCACUACACAGCCGCCUACCCGGCAGCCUACGGGCUGGUGAGCCCGGCCUUCGCCCCCCCGGGGCCCCUGCUCGCCCCCCCGCCCCCCCCGCAGCAGCAGCAGCGUGAAGGCCCCGAGGGCUGUAACAUCUUCAUCUACCACCUGCCCCAGGAGUUCGCCGACACCGAGAUCCUGCAGAUGUUCCUGCCCUUCGGCAACGUCAUCUCCGCCAAGGUCUUCGUGGACCGCGCCACCAACCAGAGCAAGUGCUUCGGCUUCGUGAGCUUUGACAACCCGGCCAGCGCCCAGGCGGCCAUCCAGGCCAUGAACGGCUUCCAGAUCGGCAUGAAGCGCCUCAAGGUGCAGCUCAAGAGGCCCAAAGACGCCAACCGGCCGUACUGAGCCUGCCCAGGUCCGGAGGCUCUGGAGCAGCACCCUUGCAUGCUGCCCUAUUGCAGAGCAGCCCCCCCCCCCAGCGGUGCCCGCGGGGGCUCGGUCCUGCUGGGGGGGGGACACAGACCCCCACAUGCUCAGGAAGGAUGGACCCCCCCUCCAGGACUGAUCCGGACCCCCUCCCCCGUCCAUCCAAGUCCAAGCAGGGCUGGGUGGGCCCUGGGUGCCAGCACCCCCCCAGCGCCUGGGUCCAAUCUGCCCUGGGGGGGCACCCACCCCCACCGCAGACCCCCGCUCCCUGCAGGGCCCUGCCCCCCCCUUCCCCCCCCGCGGGGAGGGACCCUGCUUGGAGCUUUUUUCUCACCAAACAGGACCAAAACCAGCUCCAAGCCCAGGAGGGGGGGGGGGGGAUCCCACCGAGGUGGGAGAUACACACCUGUGGUUGGGGGUACUGGCACCGGCACCGCCACCCCCCCCAGGUCCCCUGGGUGGCCGUGCCAGGGCGCAGUGGGACCCCCUCCCCGACACACACUGCCACCCCCGCUUUGCCCCCACCCCAACCUGCCUCAGUUUCCCCCUCCUUGCCCACGGGCACCGGCGGCUGCACCCGCACUGGCCUGGGGAGGGGGCUUCCCCCCGCGGCACGGCCACAGCCGGGGCACGCCAGGCGCUGCAGGGACACAGAGCAGCCAGAACUGGGAUGCUGCGACACUGGGAUGCUGCGACUGAUGCGCCCGGUGCCGCACGUGGCCGGCGUGGCUGCGCCAACGUGCUGGGUGCCGGAUGGACACGGAGCGGCCGAAGCAGGGACCCGCCGAGCACCCACCAGCCAAACCGGGAGUCGGGCACGGCCGGAGUGGGGCUGUGCCAGGGCAGCUGGACGGACACGAGGCCUCCGGCGCUGCCCGGACCCGCGGCGGCCGAAGCCGGGACCCACCGGGCACCCACCAGCCAAAAUGGGGCCGUGUCCGGCACCCACCAGCCCCGCAGCUGCCCCCAUGGGGCCAGUGCCCCCCGGCAUCCCCCCAAAGGGGACCGGUGCCCCCACCCCGGCAUCCCCCAGCCCCACGUUUACACCCGCCGCUCCCCGCUGUAAAUAAGGUGGUUGGGGGCGCGGGGGCCAGGCCUCUCUCUCUCUCCCCCCCUUUUGGGGGGUUUGGUACCUGCUGAGUUCAUUUAGGGGGUGGGAUGGGGUGGGGGGGCACGGGGCCGUUAGCGCGGGGGGGAUGCAGACCCCCGGGAGUUGACGUCUGCGGUUAAGAUGCCGCUGCUUAACUUAUUUGCUAUUUAUUGCAGUUACUUUGGAUAAUUUAUUUUUUUCUCUUUUUUUUUUUUUUCUGUCUAAAUAAAAUAAGUUUAAAAAAAAAAAAAAAAAAAAAAAAAAAGCUUAACGGAGACUCUGACGUAGUCGCAGCCCCCCCAGGGGUACCGGGGUGGGGGAGGGAGCUGGGCAGGAUCAGACCCAGCGCUUGCGGGGAAGGAGCGCGGCCACGGUUCCCAGUAGUUGCAUCAAUAAAUCAAUUUAUUUAAAAGAAUAUGUUACAAUUAAUUACACUAAGUGACUUUACCAAACAACCGGCAUGGUUAGAGACCAAGGAAUGAAACACCGGGAGCAGCUGGGGGAGGGAAUGGGGGGGGGGGGGCGCUUUUUUUUUAUCUUCUUUUUGCAGGUUUUUUUUUUUUUCCCCGUUUUCUUCACAUUUCUGACUCACAAAUAAAAAUACAGAUACUGCAGUGAAAAGACAAUUAAGAGUUCUCUCAAAUAAAUUAAAGAGGAUGUGGAUGGCAGCAAAAUCGGGGCGGGGGG